CGCAUGCAAAAUACGCCAACCUUCCGGGGCGGGCGUGUUAUAUGGGUCGGGUCCAUCUUACCAAUGACUUCGUGUCGGGUCGACGAUUCUUCUGCGAACGACAGCCGUGCUGUUUGUUUACCGGAGCUCAAGCCACAAGCUCGCGUCCUCCUCAGCCUUCUCUCGUCGCCGCCGUUGGUUCUUGCGGCGGUUGCAGUCGACACCGAAGUUGACAGAGAGGGAGAGAUGUUGAGGUUGAACCGGUUGGUGCAGCGGAGCUGUUCGAGCACCAGAGCUUCGAUCCUCACCAGCCACCUGUCGGUUUACGAAGAAGAGAAGCUCACUCCUCUUCCGUCCCGGCAUUCUGCUCAAAGGACAUCAAAUCGUUUCUUGGACAUCCACCAGCUUUUUAACAAAGAAGCGAUCGAGAAAGAACGAGCUCGACUUAAAGAUGAGAUGAACAGAGGUUACUUUGCCGAUAUCUCGGAGUUCAAGCUACAUGGUGGUAAGGUUGCAGCUGCGAACAAAAUUAUUAUUCCGGCUAUGGCAGCUAAGAAAUUUCCUGAUAUAGAAGUCACCCGGUAUGAUAGAGGGAGCUUCAAGUUGCCUAUAAGCUGCAAAGGGAAUAUGGCUGAUGCCAACACGCCAACUGUCCCCAAAGUGUCUUUGGUCUGUUUAUCAUUCCGGGCGAACUCUCAGCCAAUGGUUGAUUCGUGGACUGUACCUUUCGCGAAUGCUUUUAAUGACCCAGAAAACGUACAUCUUUAUGAGGUGUCACUCAUCGACCAGUGGUUAUUAUGUCUGAGACCAAUUAAGUGGCUGCUUCUUCGGGUUGUGAGAAAAACAAAGCACGAUGGAGGAAAAGAUGCACUCGAGAGGCAGAUUGUCUAUUCUUUUGGUGACCACUACUACUUCAGAAAAGAGCUCAAGAUUCUGAACCUUCUGACAGCGUAUAUAUACCUGCUUGAUAAAUUCGGCAGAAUCCGAUGGCAAGGCUUUGGAUUCGCAUCAAAGGAGGAGUUAUCGUCCCUUCUUUCUUGUGCAUCCCUUCUUUUGAAAGAACAAUGAGGUGACCAGGACAGUGUUGCUUCUGUACUCAUUCUGCUGAAGUUCAAAUUUUCCAUCCAGAAUAAUGGGUAGCUAGACACAUUUUUAGUUUUGCUGGAGCCGCAGUUUAGAGAGAUUGAGAGAGAGAGAGAGAGAAGCAAGCCCUUUAUCUGUCAACCUGGUUUGAAGCCAACCGAUGCGGAGGAUCUUUAGAAUAGCUAGCUAUCUUACCGAUUCUAAGUUAUCCCGACUUAGCGACAGAGAUAUAGAUUCUUAUGCUUCCUCCUUGAGAAGAUUGGUACAUUUUGGUCGCCCACUGAAUGUUCACCCCUGACCUUUUCACGCAAGCAAAACCCAGCAUUCGUAAUCAAACUUCGUCACUUCGAAUAAGAUAACUGCUGUGCUCGUCUC